AUGCUCGCUCACGGCGACCGCGUGUCCAUCUUGGUCGCUCGCAAAACGUUCGAACUCAAUGGUGGCAUUGCUUGCUUGGCACUGAAGGUCGUCAUUGUGCUGUAA